GGCCACUAGAGGACCGUGAAAGCAAAAAGUUGUCGAGAGCAUGGAUUUCCCCAAGCAGCAGAAACCUGCAGAUGGAAAAAUUGUAUCCCCCCGGAGUGAAGGAAAUCACGGACAAGAUCACCAACGAUGAAGUGGUCAAGCGCCUCAAGAUGGUCGUGAAAACCUUCAUGGAUAUGGACCAAGACUCUGAAGAUGAGAAGCACCAGUAUCUUCCCCUGGCACUGCACUUAGCUUCCGAAUUCUUCCUCAGGAACCCCAAUAAAGAUGUGCGCCUUCUUGUUGCUUGUUGCCUAGCAGACAUCUUCAGAAUAUAUGCACCAGAGGCUCCCUAUACUUCACAUGACAAACUCAAGGACAUUUUUCUCUUCAUUACAAGGCAGUUGAAGGGCUUAGAAGAUACUAAAAGUCCGCAGUUCAAUAGAUAUUUUUACUUGUUAGAG